AUGGCAGCAGCACUCGCCGGAGAUGAUCUGGCGAGGUCGAUGAGCAGGCGGAGUCUCUCAUCCUCCAGGAGGAGUUGGGCUUCCGCUAGUAUUAAGGAGGCCUUCUCGGCGGCACCUAGUGGUGGUGAUGCUUUCGCAAGGAGCAGUGGAAGGCAUGAUGAUGAUGAAGAAGAGCUCAAAUGGGCUGCAAUCGAGAAACUCCCUACGUACGAUAGAUUAAGGAAAGGAAUCUUGAAGCAAGUUCUCGAUAAUGGGGAAAUCGUUCAUGAACAGAUCGAUAUCGCACAUCUUGGAGCUCAGGAUAAGAAGCAGUUAAUGGGGAGUAUACUCAAAGUUGUGGAAGAAGAUAAUGAGAAGUUUCUAAUUAGAGUUCGAGCUAGAACCGAUCGGGUCGGGAUUGAUAUUCCAAAGGUCGAAGUACGCUACAAAAAUGUAUCGAUUGAAGGAGAUGUUCAUGUUGGUUCUAGAGCUCUUCCUACUUUGCUAAAUGCAACACUCAACACUAUAGAGGGACUUCUUCAAUUCAUCAGGCUUGUUCCAUCCAAGAAAAGAGUCGUCAAAAUCUUGCGGGACGUGAGUGGGAUUGUGAGGCCAUCACGGAUGACGCUGCUUCUAGGACCUCCUGGUUCCGGGAAGACUACGUUACUACGGGCACUUGCUGGAAUUCUAGAUUCAGAUCUACGAAUCACUGGAGAAGUUACAUACUGUGGUCAUCAGAUGUCAGAAUUCAUACCUCAGAGAACUUGUGCAUAUAUCAGUCAACAUGACGUCCACCAUGGCGAGAUGACCGUCAGGGAGACCUUCGAUUUUGCCGGACGUUGUCUAGGCGUAGGAACCAGAUACGACCUCCUGGCAGAACUGUCACGGCGUGAGAAAGAUGGAGGGAUCAAACCAGACCCAGAAAUCGACGCCUUCAUGAAAGCCACAGCCGUGGCUGGUCAAGAAUCUAGUUUGGUUACAGACUAUGUUCUAAAGAUACUCGGUUUAGAUAUCUGCGCUGAUAUCAUGGUGGGUGACGAGAUGAGAAGAGGAAUCUCUGGUGGGCAGAAAAAGCGCGCCACUACUGGUGAAAUGUUGGUUGGGCCUGCUAAAGUUUUCUUUAUGGAUGAAAUCUCAACUGGCUUGGACAGUUCGACCACUUUUCAGAUCGUCAAAUACAUGAAACAGAUGGUUCACAUCAUGGAUGUAACCAUGAUCAUCUCGCUUCUGCAACCUGCGCCUGAAACAUUCGAACUAUUUGACGACAUUAUACUCCUUUCCGAGGGUCAAAUCGUCUACCAAGGCCCCCGUGCAGACAUUCUUGAUUUCUUCAAAAGCGCAGGGUUCAAAUGCCCAGAAAGGAAAGGAGUUGCUGACUUUUUGCAAGAAGUUACUUCCAAAAAAGACCAAGAACAAUACUGGUUUAAUAAGAAUGAACCUUACCACUUUGUCUCCGUGCCUGAAUUUGGUCAGAUUUUCGGCCGGUUUCAGGUUGGUGAGCGCCUUUAUGAUGAUCUUGCAGUUCCUUAUAACAAAACCAACGUCCAUCCGGCUGCUUUGGUGACUGAAAAGUACGGUAUAUCAAACAUGGAACUCCUUAAAGCAAACUUAGCUAGAGAAUGGCUAUUGAUGAAACGGAACGCUUUCUUGUACAUAUUCAAGACCACCCAGAUCACUGUCAUGUCCGUUAUUGCUUUCACGGUGUUCUUUAGAACCGAAAUGAAGAGUGGUCAGCUUGAAGAUGGGGGGAAGUAUUUUGGUGCAUUGUUCUUCAGUCUCCUAAAUGUGAUGUUUAAUGGGGCAGCCGAGCUUGCCUUAACGAUUAUGAGGCUUCCUGUGUUCUUCAAACAGAGGGAUUCGUUGUUCUACCCAGCAUGGGCCUUUGCACUACCGAUAUGGAUCAUGAAGAUUCCUAUAUCGAUCAUGGAAUCAGUAAUAUGGAUUGUUCUAACAUAUUACACUAUUGGCUUUGCUCCUUCAGCAAGCAGGUUUUUCAAGCAGCUUUUGGCUUAUAUCGGCCUACAUCAAAUGGCUUUGUCUCUUUUUCGUUUCAUUGCUGCACUAGGAAGAACACAGGUUGUUGCAAAUGCUCUUGGCACCUUUUCUUUGCUAAUAGUUUUUGUACUCGGUGGAUUCAUCGUUGCAAAAGACGACAUUGAGCCAUGGAUGAUAUGGGGAUAUUAUAUCUCCCCGAUGAUGUAUGGACAAAAUGCCAUCGUGAUUAACGAGUUCUUAGAUGAAAGAUGGAUUUCACAGCCAAACCCCGAUUCACGAAUCAAUGAACCGACUGUAGGGAAGGUUCUUCUCAAGUCCAGGGGGAUGUUCACGACCGAGUAUAUGUUUUGGGUUUGUGUCAUGGCACUCUUCGGGUUUUCCGUUCUGUUUAACAUCUUCUUUGUGGCAGCUCUGACAUACUUGAAUCCUCUCGGAGAUUCCAAGACUGCUGUUCCGACAGAAGAUGAGCAGAAUGAGAAGCACCCACAAGCAGGCACAGAAAUGGCAGCAAAUAACAUCAACAAGAAAGGAAUGGUGCUUCCAUUUCAACCAUUAUCACUUGCAUUUGAUCAUGUCAAUUACUUUGUAGACAUGCCUGCUGAAAUGAAAGCUCAAGGAAUCGAACAGGAUCGACUGCAACUGCUACAAGAUGUCAGCGGUGCAUUCAGGCCGGGCAUUCUCACAGCAUUGGUUGGCGUAAGUGGUGCCGGAAAGACUACUCUGAUGGAUGUGCUAGCCGGAAGAAAGACCGGUGGCUACAUCAAAGGAAGUGUCAGCAUCUCCGGUUACCCUAAAAACCAAGAAACUUUUGCUCGUGUAAGCGGAUACUGUGAACAAAAUGACAUCCAUUCUCCACAUGUCACGGUUUAUGAGUCGCUUGUGUACUCUGCGUGGCUGCGUCUUGCUCCGGACAUAACCACAGAAACAUGCCAGAUGUUUGUGGAUGAAGUCAUGGAUUUGGUCGAAUUGAACCCGUUAAGGAAUGCAUUAGUUGGCCUUCCGGGAGUAGAUGGUCUCUCAACUGAACAACGAAAGAGACUUACCAUUGCAGUAGAAUUGGUUGCAAAUCCAUCGAUUAUCUUUAUGGACGAGCCCACAUCAGGACUUGAUGCAAGAGCUGCCGCCAUUGUCAUGCGUACCGUUAGAAAUACGGUUGAUACGGGUCGGACGGUCGUCUGCACGAUUCACCAACCGAGUAUUGACAUUUUCGAAGCUUUUGAUGAGCUGUUGUUGAUGAAAAGAGGAGGGCAGGUCACUUACACAGGACCCCUUGGGCACCACUCUCACUUGCUAAUCGAAUAUUUUGAAUCCAUUCCAGGGGUCAACAGUAUAAAAGAAGGUCAAAAUCCGGCCACAUGGAUGCUUGACGUUAGUUCUCCAGCAGUCGAAGCUCAACUUGGUGUCGAUUUCGCAGAAAUCUUUGCCAACUCUGAUCUGUAUAAGAGGAACCAGGAGCUCAUUAAAGAGCUCAGUACACCGGUAGAAGGGUCCCAGGACCUUUACUUCCCAACAAAGUACUCUCAAUCCUUUUGGACACAAUGCAAAGCUUGUUUAUGGAAACAACACUGGUCUUACUGGAGGCAUCCACAAUAUAAUGCUGUUCGGUUCUCCAUGACAACAGUGAUUGGCAUCCUCUUUGGAGUAAUUUUCUGGAACAAAGGCCAAAAAACGGACCAACAACAAGAUGUAAUGAAUUUGAUGGGAGCUAUGUAUGCUGCCGUCAUGUUUCUUGGUGGAACCAACACUUCGGCCGUGCAGUCUGUGGUAUCUGUAGAACGAACAGUUUUCUACCGUGAGAAAGCAGCUGGGAUGUAUUCAGCAAUCCCCUAUGCAUUUGCUCAGGUGGCAAUUGAGGUGGCAUAUGUAUGCAUCCAGACGUUGAUAUACAGUCUUCUGAUUUACUCGAUGAUUGGAUACCAUUGGUCAGCCGACAAGUUCUUGUGGUUCUACUUCUACAUAUUCAUGUGCUUUGUCUAUUUCACAUUAUACGGGAUGAUGCUCGUAGCCCUCACACCGAAUUAUCAGAUUGCAGCAAUUACUAUGUCAUUCUUCCUUAAUUUUUGGAACUUGUUCUCUGGUUUCAUGAUCCCCAGAACGCAAAUCCCAAUCUGGUGGAGGUGGUAUUACUGGGGUUCACCGGUGGCAUGGACUCUAUACGGCUUGAUCACGUCUCAGCUUGGUGAAAACGAAACCUUAGUUGUGGUUCCAGGCCAGAGUUCCGUCACAGUGAAGGAAUUCAUCAAAGAUUUUCUAGGGUUUGAGUAUGAUUUUCUAGGAUACGUCGCUUUGGCUCAUGUUGGUUGGGCCGUCCUCUUCUGCUUCGUCUUUGCCUACGGUAUCAAGUUUCUGAACUACCAACGAAGAUAGACGAAUGAUCGAACACUGUAAAUGCUUUAUAGAAUCAUGGAUAAUAUAUAUUCUUCAAUCUUCCAUUUUUUUCCAAAUCAUUGAUUCAUAAACAAAUAUACAUGUAGAGUUAUUUGAAUUUCUAA